AUGUCUCUGCAGAAUGUUGCAGGUAUUUUGGAACCAAGCUGGCCCCCUUGGCCCCAGUACACUGCCUUUGACUACAACUACAGCGUUACCAACCGAGGCAAAAUGGUCAACGGCAAGUGGACAUCCCAACGAAACAAGUCCCAUACCCCCCCUCUCUUUUUGGAUCGACUCGACCAGUAUUUGGGGCCAGAAUGUCCUCCCACAAAUUCAACCAACACAUCUCAAAAGGCCUGCGAUGAUGACGUUCGACUCUUCCCUGAUGAUAUAAAACGCAUUGAGGAAAAAGUCAUGAGGUUCAAUAUACCGCACAAGAUUGUCCUGCUGGUGAAAGAGGACAUACCUUACAUCAGCCUCCAGUUCUCUCGUUGGCAUCUGCGGGACACCCUGAACCACACAACUGGUACCAGAAAAAUGUGUCCCAACUGCCAUAUCCGCAACGCCCGCAAGUUCAUUCCUCCCAACCCUAGAGAACCAGCACAUGUGAGAUACUUUCCCUCCUGUAGCGACUACAGAAAUGCAAAGGCUUUUCAGGAUGAGGGGGGCGGCCGGGAUUUCCCAGGCCAGGUUUUAGUUGGGGACUGUGGAGAGUCACAACAUGGUUCCGGGAGGGUUUUCUGGGACAAGGGUCUGGAAAAGAUGGACUACGAUUCAACCUUUGUGGAUCGGGGUGGACCGUUCGUCAGGACAUACGCUCAUUUGCACUUGGCACCAGGACACACAUAUCAGCAAAGUGGACUACCUGCCUUUCACACCGUGAGUGACUUUGCGGAACACCUGCUGACCACACCGGUCCCAUCUUGGCCGAGACACGUCAACAAUACACAUUUAUUGCAGAGACUGGGCAACACAUCCAUCUUGAAGGAUCUGCAUGAGAAGUACGAUGCAGCCUUUCUCCAUGGUGACUGUGGACACUUGAGAGGAAUGUUGCUACGUGAAAUGGUAGAAGGAUCGAAUGAAUCGCGUGUUGCCACCAUUGCUCGAUAUGGUAGAUGCUUUCACAAUAUUGAAACAGAUGAUGUGAUGGGUGGUGGCUACAGGAGAGACAACAUCACAAAACCUAAGAAGGACGAGGAAGAAAGUGAAGAAUCCAAGGAAGUCAGAAUGGCAGACAUGAUCCACAAAGACCAAGAAGCACACAGGGAUGCUUCCAAGGUGGCAUUGAUGUCGCAUCACAAAUUUGGAUUUGCUCUCGAGAAUACUUUGAGUCCCUAUUACUUCACUGAAAAACGAUGGCAGGUGUUGAUUGCUGAUUCCGUUCCCAUUGUAUGGAAUAAUGACAAUUCCAUUCAGUAUCUACCCGACCCUGAUGCAGCCCUCUUGGUGACCGUUCCUAGUCAGAAGAAUGCUGAAGAAGUUGCUCAAGUUGCUCAGGAGGUUGCCAAGGAACUCCACUACUAUGCUCAACCAGAACAUGAGCAAGAGUAUCUUGAAAAGUUCUUUGCCUGGAAGCACCGAGGCCUCCGACCUGACUUUGUGCGCAAACUGUUCCUUUCGACUGACUUUUUGUUCUGUCGCAUCUGUGAAUACAUGGCGCACCAUCAUUUUUACGAUGAAGAGACUUGA